AUGCUCGCUUGCAUACGACUUCACACAUCUGGAGUAUCGGCUACACGCAUUCAUCGACAUCCCUCAUUUCGGAGGUACAUACAAACCGCGUUGGGCGAGGCAUAUCUCGAGCCUGUACCGACGCACCCCGGCGUUACAUGCCUCGCACUCAACCGUCCACAGGCUAAGAAUGCCAUAUCGGUUAAACUACUGCAGGAGUUCCACGAAUGUCUGGAGACAGUUCAAUUCGACAACAGCGUGCGCGUGCUGGUAGUCAAGUCAUCCACCCCCGGAUCGUUCUGUGCAGGUGCAGAUCUCAUCGAGCGGCGCACCAUGUCCAAAACCCAAGUGGACAAAUUCCUCCUCGACCUUCGAGCCGCACUUACUGCUCUGGAGAAUCUUCCCUGUCCGACGAUUGCUGCCAUCGAUGGUCCUGCCCUCGGAGGAGGGCUUGAGCUUGGCCUGGCUUGUGACUUGAGAGUGGCAGGUUACUCUGUGACCAGGAUCGGAUUGCCGGAGACACGGCUAGGUAUCAUCCCAGGUGCAGGAGGAACGCAACGUUUGACACGUCUUCUCGGUCUGGCCAAGGCGAAGAGUCUUAUCUUCACCGCUCGAUCGCUCACCGCCUCAGAGGCGCUGGACUUCGGUGUGGUCGACUAUAUCUCGUCUGCGGAUACUAGUGCGCUCGACAAGGCACUCGAACUGGCCGGGGAGAUCGCCCAGAACGCACCGCUCGCUUUACGUGCAGCGAAGCAAGCCAUCUCUCGUGCCCCCGAGCUCAGCUUAGAGACAGGUCUGGACUUUGAGCGCGCAUCAUACGAGCCUCUACUCAAGACCAGUGACCGCAUGGAAGCAUUGAACGCUUUCAGGGAGAAGCGUCCACCCGUGUUCAAGGGAGAGUAG